CAUAAAAAUAGAGGACAAAAUGAUGUACUGUUGCAGUUUAUGGGGAAGUAUCACGACAUUGCCAGAGGGUUUACCAAACGAGAAAAGGCGCUUGUGGACUCCCUUUGGCAACAAUUAGCAGAGUCGCUUAACAGCGCAGGCCCGCCAAUAAAGGAUGUGAACGGUUGGAAGAAGAUAUGGACGGACUGGAAAAGCGAAGUGAAAAAGAAGUUAGCGCAGAAUAAAAUCGUAGCCCGAGCCACUGGUGGAGGAUCAUUUUCUAAGUAUACAUUGAACCAAACGGAGGAAACCAUUGUACGCAUUUGUGGAAUGGCUCAGAGUGUUGGAGGGGUUUCGGGACUAUCAUUUGGUCUCGAGGAUGAAUAUUUAAUAUCAAGCGAUGACGAUAUCCCUUUAACUUCUGCGAAACGUCCUCGUCUUGACACCUCUAUCGCUCAAAACCCUACGCCAAAAGAAACAACAAAUGAGCGGCUAAAAAAGUUUCUUGAGUACGACAAAGAAUGGAAGCUGGACAUAUCUAACAAAAUGGAUGCUAUCCUCGAAUUUCCAAAAAUUGGGAGGGAGACAGACAAGGUUUUAGUUAGCGCGGUUAAUAACCUAACACAGGAAUUCAAAAAAUUCAGCAAAAAAAUGCUUGAAGUAUUACGCAAACAUGAGGAGGAGGAGUAUGAUCCCUUGGAAGAGUAUGGCUGA